AUGGUCCCGCGUGCUCCAUUAAUCGGUUUAGGAGCAUUGGAUGAUGACGGUAGACCAUGGUCAACUGUAUGGGGUGGAGAGACGGGUUUCUCCUCUGUCAUUGAUACUGAUAUCGUGGGCAUGAGGGCAUUGGUUGACAGAGUACAUGACCCUGUCAUCCAGAGUUUGUUUGAAAAUGUAAAGGAGACCGAUGGCUCUUCUGCCAGAAUUAACGGCCAGGGUAAGAUGAUUUCGGGGGUAACUAUCGAUUUGGAGAAUAGGAAAAGGGUUAAGUUAUAUGGGAAAGUCAUCAUGGGCACGUUGGAGGAUCCUGAAGAUGAAGGGAAAUCAGGACUUGUAGGUAAACGCGGCCAUGCUCAGUUGGUGGUCAAGAUUGAAGAAAGUCUAGGAAACUGUCCCAAAUACCUCCACAAAAAGCACAUCAUCCCCGCCAUCCCACAACCGAAACUCAUCUCAAUCUCUGCUCACCUGUCUCUUCAAGCUAUAGGGCUCAUCAACAAGGCAGACUGCUUCUUCAUAUCAUCAUACCACCAAAACACAGACAUGGACACAAAUUACCGUGGUGGACCUUCAGGAUUCGUCCGAUUAAUAUCAAACGAACCUGAAGGCGCCGUCCUCGUAUAUCCCGAAUACUCUGGAAAUCGCUUAUAUCAGUCUUUAGGAAACAUGAUGAUGAACCACCGGGCUGGUCUCGUAUUUCCGGAUUUUGAAACCGGUGACGCGGUUUAUAUGACUGUCGAGACUGAGAUUUUCAUCGAUGACGGGGCAGAUGCAAUUUUGCCAAGAUCUAACCUUGCGGUGAAAAUGACUGUUGUAGAGGCACGCUAUGUCGAAAAAGCAUUAGGCUUUAAGGGGAUACCAAUUGAUAUAUCGCCUUAUACACCUCCCGUCCGAUACUUGCGGUCAGAAAAAGAUCAGGCUCUCGAGACAAUAGCAACUGAGGGACAGACCACGGCCCGGCUAGUAUCGAGGAAAAUGCUGAGUCCGUCUAUCGCAAGAUUCCGCUUCAAAAUCUCUAGCAAUCAUGGCAAAAUACCUACGUAUAAACCCGGGCAGUACGCAGUCUUCUCAUUCAAAGAUGAACUCGACAUGGGCUACAGUCAUAUGCGUGACGACGACCCACUGAGUCUCAAUGACGACUACAUCAGAACUUUUACCGUAUCAUCCUUUCCGGGAACGAAAGGGUUGCCAGAUGAUGAGUUCGAGAUUACAGUCCGAAAGAAUCGAAGCGUGACUACGCAUCUGUUUCAGUAG